CAGAGGGAGACUAAUGAUUUCCGUUCCAGGAAGGAAAAAGGCGACGGGAAGAUUCGGAAACCUUAUUUUUAAAAGCGCUGCUUAUUUUAACAACUGCUUGCACUUGUAUGAAUGAGAAAAGUUCCCGAGCUUUGAACAAUAAAAUAUUCCGUGGGGGAGGGGGAAUGAGGAACAACAGACUAGCGAGAGUCGGCAUUGAGGCCGAAAAAGAACUACACUUCCCAGAAUGCACGAGGAGUAGGAGAGGGGGUGGGAUGGAGUACGGAGAGCGGCUCCGGCGGCUGCGCAAAUGCGAGAAGAACGAGUGUCACUUGUCAUGUGACGCCGGCAUGGCGGUGUUUGCAGAUUUGAACCUGAAGAGGGGCUCUGACACAAAAGCGCUUAAGGGGCUUCUAGAGAAUGCCGCUCACCUUGGAUUUUCCACUGUUGCCAUUAAUCAUGUGGUGGACUUUAAAGAAAAGAAACAGGAAAUUGACAAACCAAUAGUUCCCUCAGAGCUUUUUUCAUCUUUACCUAUUGUACAGGGGAAAUCAAAACCAAUUAAAAUUUUAAGUAGAUUGACACUUAUAGUAUCAGAUCCAUCUCACUGCAAUGUUCUGAGAGCAACAUCUUCUCGCGUCAAGCUUUAUGACAUUGUUGCAGUCUUUCCUAAAACAGAAAAACUUUUCCAUGUUGCUUGCACAAGUUUAGAUGUGGAUUUGGUGUGCAUAUCAGUAACAGAGAAAUUGCCAUUUUACUUCAGAAGACCUCCCAUUAAUGUGGCAAUUGAGCGAGGUAUAGGCUUUGAAAUUACUUAUUCUCCUGCCAUCAAAGACUCCACAAUGAGAAGAUACACCAUUUCCAAUGCUCUCAGUCUGAUGCAGAUCUGCAAAGGGAAGAAUGUAAUUGUAUCUAGUGGUGCAGAAAGGCCUUUAGAAAUAAGAGGACCAUAUGAUGUAGCAAACUUAGGCUUGUUGUUUGGGCUCUCUGAAAGUGAUGCUAAGGCAGCAGUGUCCACAAAUUGCAGGGCAACACUUCUUCAUGGAGAAACUAGAAAAACUGCUUUUGGUAUUAUUUAUACAACAAAGAAACCAAGAACAACUGAGGAGGAUGACAGUGUUCCAGCCUGCAAAAAAGCCAAGUGUGAGAACUGACUUAAAGAGGCACCAGGACUUUAACCGGCACAUUCCUCUCCUCUCAUUGGCAAUCACCAACAAUCAUGAAGAAAAGACUUUGCCAGGCUCUCUGCUUGAAUUUUAUUUUGAAAUUAAUUAUUUUAUGAACCUUUUUUUGUGCCCUAGUUAAUAAAAAAAGGAAAGAAUAAAAGAAAAAAAAAGGAAGUAGACUAAUGAACUACCACUUACAACCAUAGUAUCAGUUAAUUUAGAUGACUCUGUGAAUCAUAUUUUGUCUCUGUUUACAAGUAAGAUGUGGAAAACAAACACUUGACAAAAUGUAUUAAUUAAUUGAAGUAUUAGUUUAUCCUAGUUCUUGCUUUUUAAAUAUUUUUAUGCUUUUUUAUACAAUAUCAGUAAUUUAUUUCUUCCAUAUUACUACUCAAGAUAAAUAGUAUAUUUAGGGGUAUAUUAAAAUUUUCCAUCUGAGUAAAACUUUUGUAAUACUGACUUUGAGACAGGAAGAGAAGGGGUCGUUUUUAUUUUAAAAUUUUGUUGUAGAAGAGAAAUAUAUCAAGUUAUUUGUUUUGAUACAAUAAAUAUUUCUCAACAGAUACUCAAAUGAGUCCUUUUAUAAAGCAUAUUCCCCUUCCUCUCGUGCCUAGAUAAAAGAGAGAGCUUUCUAAUCUUUAUUAUACUAAGAUUGACCAUUGUUUCCCAAUCUAUUGUUUCUCAUUGAUUUAAUUUAUGUUCUUGAAGAAAUCAUAUUGUUUGACUUCUGCCUCCUCACUCUGCAUGACUUCUUAAGUUUUCUUCCCAUGUUUUUUCUGAAUUCUUCACAUUUGUCAUUCUUUAUAGUGUAUUUAUGUUAUUUAUGCACCAUAUUUGUGCAUCAUAAUUUGGCCAUUUCCUAAUUAUUUGGUGUGUAUUUGUUUCCAGCUUUUUGUUAUCCUGAAUUAUUUGGACAUGGACAUAUUUUUUGUACAUUUGGGUAACUUUUUGCUUUCAUUAGCUACUGGAGAAUUAUGGAAUUUUGGGGUCAAAAUAUAUGAGCAUUUUAAAUGUAACUUCUGUUCCAUGAUUUCAAAUUGUUUUACAGACAAAGGAGCAAAUUUAUAGCUUCAUGAGCAGUGAAUUAACUUGCUGAGAUAAGUUGAGGAUCUGUUGAUUAGGUACUACUAAAUCAACCAAAUUAAACAAUGCAGAGAUAAUUAUGGAGUUUGAUUACACCUUGCACAGGUUUUUCUGUAUUAAAAAGAGAGAACCUAGAGUAUGACCUUCAACAAAUUCAUAUAGGAAUAUAAGCAACACAGACAGCUAGGUUGGCACAGUGGAUAGAGUGCCAGGCCUGGAUUCAAGAACUUUCUCAAUUCAAAACUGGCCUCAGACAGUAGCUGGGUAACCCUGAGCCAAACACUUAGCUUGUUUGUCUCAGUUCCCUCAUCUGUAAAAUGAGCUCAAAAUGGACAUAACAAGCCUGAAAGUAUCUUUUUCCAAGAAAAUCCUAAAUGAGAUCAUGAAGAGUGAACACAGCUGAAAAACAAUUGAACAACAGCAAAAAAGUGGAAUAGAAAAGUGAAAUUUUAUAGAAAACGAGGGAAAGAAUAUGUUAUACAUGUUUGGAAACAGAAAAACAAUGAGAUCACCUACAAGCUGGUCAACACAGGAGUUGUGGCUUCUUUCCCAGCAUAAUUAUGCAGGUGUUAUGACCUGAGUUUCCAGGAAUAAAAUCUGAAAAUUGGAAAUAGAGACUGGGCCAAUGUCCUCAUCUUAGUGGUGGCAAGAAAGCUGAGCCAGUUUCUCAUCAGUCUCUCUUUUGUCAUAGGGACAGUAUUAAGUGUGAGCCGGAAAUUCUCUUGCCAUACUCCCUAUCUACCCAAAACCAUUCUGUCAUUGGUUUUUCUCAUCUAGGACUUGUAGCUUGCUGAGUAAAGUAUCAGAAUAUUUUUCCCUUUUCUUGUUUAUUAGUGAUUUUUAACAUUUUUCAGAUUAUGAUUGUUUCAUUUGAAAACUUGUGAUCAUAUACAUUUGUGAUAAUUUGACAGUUUGUAUUAUCUAAAGAUUUUUAUUGUAAGACUUUAAUAUAAAGGGUUAUCUUUAUUCCCA